AUGAAGCAGAAAGGAUGGCGGAGUCUGAAGAAGAAUAGACGCUGGUGGCUGCUGCAGAACGGGACAAUCUUUACUAAUUUUCACAACAUAGCCGUCGCGUUGCUCAUCGACGUCCACUUCAAGAUCUCUGCCGGCGACCGCUUCGCUAGAAACUGGGGUCCAUGUAAGCCCUUGGCUUCUCCUUCUGGAUCAAAGCUAGGAGGCAAGAGAGUUGGGAUUAUUGGAUUGGGAAGAAUUGGUGGGGAAGUUGCCAAAAGGCUAGAGGCCUUUGAUUGCAUAAUCAUGUACCAUUCAAGGAACAAGAAUCCAUCAGUCUCGUACACUUUCUACUCCAAUGUGGUUGAUCUUGCCUCUAACAGUGAUGUUCUUAUACUUUGUUGUCCAUUAACUGAGCAGACAAAGUACAUAGUCAACAAGGAAGUAAUGUUAGCAUUGGGGAAGGAUGGCAUUAUUGUGAAUGUUGGAAGAGGAGCUCUAAUUGAUGAAAAGGUAUUGGUACAAUGUUUGAUGAAAGGGGAAAUAAGAGGUGCUGGUUUGGAUGUGUUUGAGAAUGAGCCUAAUGUUCCCGAGGAACUUUUUGCAUUGGACAAUGUUGUCCUUUCACCACAUGCUGCUGCUUACACAUUAGAUUGUUUCAUGGAUGCAUGUGAACAUGUAGCAAAGAGUUUAGAUGCCUUCUUCUCAAGUAAAUCCCUUAUUAUUUCUCCAAUAACAUGAAGAAUUCAGGACCACGUUUGCUUUUGUGGUUUUGUAAUUGAAAUAAGGCCUUUCUUGGUUCAAUGAUGUCAACUGGUCAACCCUA